AUGGAGGUGGACCUUCUGAGCUACGAGCGUCCGCGGGAGCUCCAGGAGUUGAUCGACAGCCUGGGAGGGGGCCGGGCCAGUGGCACCCGUUCCUAUGUGUCCUUGGCCAAUGCCGAGAUUCCUCUGCGUGGUGUCUUGGAACACGGCGAGGUCAAGGCCAAUCUGCGUCCAGCACCCUGGUUUUACGGUCUCGAGGAUGGUGGGAAGGUGCAUCGACAACGAUGUGGCUUACUGCAGGGUCACGUGGCGGUGGACAACCGGCCUCGAUAUCAACAGACGGAUGAUGUGUCGGAUGAGUUGGACCUCCGGAAACGAUAUCUCUUCGUGAAAAUCAUCAAGGUGGAUCGGGUGGUGACCCCCGACACGCGUCCCACCGAUGAGAUCGAUACCUUUGUGGAGGUGACCUUCGAUUCGGUGGCCAAGCGGACUCGGAUCUGUCAGGACGAUGUGUCUCCAAGCUUCAACGAUGAUUUGGUCUUUGAGCUGUCCUUGGCCAAAACGAGCAGUAGCAAUGAACGGCAGGAUGACAACGAAGCCACAUGGGAGGAGUUGGAGCGCAAGGGCCCAGUGUUCAUCGACCUUUGGACCGUAGGCUCCAAAAGCAAUGAACACCUUGGAGCCGUUGAGGCAUACCUUCAGGACAUCCUGGUGGAUGAAGUGGGUCAGCCUCAGAAGGAAGUGACGCGCACGGCGCGCGACGCAAGGUUGAAGCGGCAGGAGACCUUCAGUGUGCGCGCCUUUCGGGGCCAACAGAGGCUGAGAUUUACAUGGGGCGUGGGGCAGGAAUCGAACAUUUUCUACGAGAUGUGGUUCUUGCCAGACCUGAAUCCCAUGGCCGUGUUGCAACCGCUGCCUGCAGAUGUGCCCUUGCCCAAGGCUUUGGGUCAAAGUUUCGACGAGAAGGAGGAACAAUGGAAUCAGCUGGCGGACGAUCUCAAUGGUAUCGAGGAGUCAAUGGAGAAGAUCGAAAUCGAAGAUUUGCGAAAGAAUGGGCGGCAGUUCCCCUGCAAAGCCUUGAGCAUUUGGCCGGUGCAGUCGGCUCAGGAACAUUUUUUGCCGCGCUUCUGCGAUGUGCUGCGACCUCCCCAUGGCAUUGAGUCGGCGACGGCCAUCUGUCACUAUGUGGGCUGCUUCCCCUACAUGGAAAACAAGUCCGAGGACACGGUCAGUACCCCCAACUUCUUCUGUGCCUUGCGCAAGGGCCAGAUUUUGGAGCAUGCCCUGCUACAUUGCAGCCUCUUAUUGGGCCUCUCCUUCAAGGCCUACGUGUGUUGUGGCACCAAUCUGAGGGGCGACCCGCAUUCCUGGGUUGCUGUCUUUGAAGAGGACGGCACCGUGCGCUUCUGGGAGCCGUUUUUGGGUUCGGGAACGCUGCAGCUGCGCCGACGCUUCGCGCAUCCGCAGUUUCUGCUCCCGGGGAAGACAGCAAGAAGUCUAAAAGAUGCCGACAUCUUGGCAGAGAAUCGGCGGCGCAGGCGCAUGCUGAAGCAGAGCCGCGGCCGUGCACCACAGCGCUUGAUUUUGAAGGCCUCGCCUGAAGCGGUGAAGGCCGCCGAAGGUGCCGCUCCAAGAGCAACCACCAAGAAGUCUGCGAAGGCUGGCGCACGUGCGACCAAGAAGUCCUUCUUUAGGGGAGCGCCGGCUGAGAAGGAUCCAGGCCACGAACAUGACAUGAUCUAUGUGGAUUUGCUGGACUUAGGUGUGAAGGAACGACCGGAGGAGGAUAGAGGUGAACAUGUGGGAUCCGGAAGCUGUGCCGCCUGUUACGCCGUGGUGGGCGGCAGCUAUUUCUAUCGGGGCUUCGCUUGCCCGACGUGUCAACAGGCUGGCAGCCGGUAUUUGCUAUGCUACAAGUGCGCAGAGCCACUGUUUGGCGACGUCAACGACUUGGAGGAUAUUAACUUCAACGUCCGAGAUCGUUUCAAUUUCGAGGAUUACAAUGCAUACUUGGGCGAGAGCGACUCCCACACUAUGCUGCCCUACCGCUCGGUUGAGGUGGUCUUCAACAAUGCGAACAUUUGGAUGAACAAACAGGAUCCAGAUCCUCGUUACAUCUUCUGGGAUUUGCAGAACUCGGAUUACUGGCAUCCCUUCUCCAACAAGGUGAGCGGCUUGCGACCGUGCUUCACGACCUGCCGAUUUCCCAUGGCAGGUCGAGAUGAAGGAUGGUGUGUUCGUCAACGUCGAGAGCUGUUGCAGGAGUUGCGCAAGGUUGCCCUUACAGAAAAACCAGAUUAA